AUGGAGUAUAGUCGGCAAGCAAUCGUGGUGCAGGUAAGCAAGACCCUGGGCAGACCCCACUGCAAUCUUGUACCUUGUCUCCCAGUCCAAGUUCCGAUUAUUCUGCAGAAGCUGCUGAAGGUUGCCAUUGGAGAUGUAAUUGUACAAAAGAAGUUUCACGCUCUUCGUCACUAUAUUCCUGUGCCUGAUAUGCCCGAGUAUUUGAAUCUCGGCCGCAAAAGAGUCUAUGAGGGGCUCCUCCUCCUUUUUAACCGCAAUUACCUCACCAUUAGGCAUUUCCGCCCUAUAAACAACGCCCGAGCAUCCUUUCCCAAUUUCGUUUUCAUCCCUCAAACAGCUUAG